AUGUGUGCUCGGUUUGGAGAUUACCAAAAGGACAGUCCUUCUUCUUUCAGCUUAUCUCCACGGUUUUCAAUCUUCCCUCAAUUUAUGUUUCAUUUACGACGUUCUCAGUUUGUCCAGGUUUUUAACAACAGCCCGGAUGAAACCGCAUACUUCAGAAUGAUCCUAAACCGAGAAAAUGUUGCCAAUUCAGUUGUGAUGAUUCAGCCUUCAUUGAUUUCAUAUUCAUUUCAUUCAGGCCCGGAACCAGCACUUCUUGAUGUAGCUGCCAUUGCGGCAGACAGGAUUCUGCUCUUAGACGCCUACUUACUGUUGUUAUUUUUCAUGGUUCAACUAUUGCUCAUGGCGAAAAGCAGGGCAUUUGCUCAAUUGCUACAAGCUCCUCGUGAUGAUGGAGAUCAAAUUAUCAAGGAAAGAUUUCCAGUACCUCGCCUGGUGAUUUGUGAUCAGCAUGGUUCUCAGGCCCGUUUUCUUUUGGCAAAGUUGAAUCCUUCUGCGACUUAUAACAAUGAAGCUCCACUUCCAGGAGGGGAUGUUAUCUUUACAGAUGAUGUUGGUUUUGAAGUCUUCUUGGAUCAUCUCCAGAGAUUAGCAGUUCAAUAA